ACUUUAGGUGAUGAUUUUGUAAGACUUAGGUUUUUGGUUUACAUAUUCACACUAAACAUAAUUGAUCAAAAAAGAAGGAAAAAAGAGUGUGUCCAUGUGCAAGGACACGAGUUAGGCACAUGUGGUGGGAGGAAAGGAGUUAGGAACACGUGGCGUCUCUAUCACUAUAAAUUCAGUCUGUACCCUCCUUCCUCUCUUCUCGUUACAUAAUAGAUUAUACAUAAUACAUCUCUCUUUCCACAUUACUGAGCCACCAGAGAAGCUACAUAGGUCAAAAAUGGCGGACGGAAGCGGUGCUGAUUGCCAUACUGAUACAGAACUAAAGCCGAUUCGGAAAGUGCUUCUCAUUUCCGCUGGUGCUAGUCACUCCGUUGCUCUUCUCUCUGGAAAUGUUGUUUGCUCAUGGGGAAGAGGAGAGGAUGGACAGCUUGGCCUUGGGGAUGCUGAAGAUCGAUUUUCUCCAACUCAGGUGAGUGCAUUGGAUGGGCAGGAAAUAGUAUCUGUCACUUGUGGAGCUGAUCAUUCAACUGCUUACUCGGAGGGCUUCAAGCAAGUCUAUAGCUGGGGAUGGGGUGAUUUUGGGAGAUUGGGUCAUGGAAACUCCAGUGAUUUGUUCACUCCUCAACCAAUUAAAGCACUUCAUGGUAUACGCAUUAAGCAGAUUGCAUGUGGAGACAGCCAUUGUCUUGCUGUUACCAUGGAAGGCGAAGUGCAGAGUUGGGGGAGAAAUCAAAAUGGCCAACUAGGCCUUGGCACCACAGAGGACUCUCUUGUGCCUCGAAAGAUUGAAGCUUUCAAGGGAAUACCUGUAAAAAUGGUUGCUGCUGGUGCUGAACAUACAGCUGCUGUCACAGAAGAUGGUGAACUUUAUGGUUGGGGUUGGGGUCGAUAUGGUAAUCUGGGCUUAGGUGACCGAAAUGAUCGCUUGGUUCCAGAAAAAGUGUCAGCCAAUGUGGGAGAAAAGAUGUUCAUGGUUGCAUGCGGUUGGCGUCAUACUAUUUGUGUCUCCUCUUCUGGUGCUUUGUAUACAUAUGGCUGGAGCAAAUAUGGUCAGCUAGGUCAUGGUGAUUUUGAGGAUCACCUUUUUCCUCAUAAGGUUCAAGCUCUGCAUGGAAGUUCUACUUCUCAGAUAUCAGGUGGUUGGAGACAUACCAUGGCACUUACUUCUGAUGGAAAACUUUAUGGUUGGGGUUGGAACAAGUUCGGACAAGUUGGUGUUGAUGACAAUUGUGAUCAUUGUUCACCUGUUGAAGUAAAAUUUCCACAUGACCAGAAAGUAAUUCUGAUUUCAUGCGGUUGGAGGCACACACUUGCUGUUACAGAAAGGCAGAAUGUCUUCUCCUGGGGAAGAGGUACAAAUGGUCAGCUAGGUCAUGGGGAGUCUGUUGAUAGGUAUGUCCCAAGGAUAAUAGAAGUGUUAAGUGUUGAUGGAUCAAGUGGACAACAAAUCGGAUCUUCGACAUUUGAUCCAUCAGCAGCUGAAAAAUCUUGGGUUUCACCUACAGAGAGAUAUGCUGUUGUUCCGGAUGAAAACGUGCCAAGACAAACAGUGAUUUCAGUAAGAGGGACUGGAAACGAUGUAAAUGUGCCGGAAAAUGAUGUGAAAAGGAUCCGAUUAUGAGAUUACUAGCUAUGAAUGCAGUAGCAGUCUGGUUGACGUUCUGGACUGAUAUCUUCUAUUAAAAUUUGACCGCCCAAACACCAAUAAUUUGGGUUUUUAUUUAUGGGAGAAGGUAAAGAUUAAUAUUAUCUUGAAAAUUUGAGAUGUAGCUAUGUGAUAAUAUGAUAGGCAUGCAAGAGCCUUUUUGUCCUCAUGCUAAAUUCCUCCUAAACUAAAGAUGUGGUGGUGCAUUUGAGGUUCAUCUCUAACUGGAAUCCGGGACGUAAAUGUCAUUCAUAAGUUGACCACUAUAUAUUGGCAUUCUGAAUCUCAAAGAAGGCAUCAUAAGUAUAUAGUUGAUGUGAAACAAGAUUGCAAGUGCCUUAUCUUUUAAAUGAAAAUUUUACUUAUUUAAGCAAA